AUGCCGGCCACGGACCUCCAGGGCUCCUCCCCGUCGACGCACGCCCACUCCUCCCCGUUCUCCUCCUUCGGCCGUACCCUCCUCUCCCUCCGCCGCGACGCCCCCGCCGCGGCUGCGGCCGCGAUGCCGCCGCCGCCCGCCGUCGACCCGGAGCUCGAGGAGUUCCACGCCCACGUCGCCGCGCACCUCGCCGACCUGAGGUCAUCCGCCGGGGCCGGUGGGGAGGAGGAUGAGUUCAUGUCCAUCCCGUGGAUCCGGCGCCUGCUGGAGGCGUUCCUGCUGUGCCAGGAGGAGUUCCGUGUGGAGGUGGCCGAGGCGCGCCGGCGCCGCGGCGGGGUGACGUCCCCCGCAGCGGAGAAGCUAGUGGUGGAGUUCGGCGAGCGCGCCGUCAAGGCGCUCGACGUCUGCAACGCGGCGCGCGACGGCGUCGACCAGGCGCGCCGCUGGGAGCGCCUCGCGGGCAUCGCGGCCUCCGCGCUGCUGCCGGCUCCCGCCGGCGCCGAGGAGGAGGGGCGGCAGAGGCAGCAGAUCCACGAGGGCCAGCUCCGGCGUGCGCGGAAGGCGCUCUCGGACCUCUCCGUGCUCCUCAUCGACGACGCCGCCGCCGCCGCGAGCGUGUCCCACACCUGGUCCGCGGCGCUCCAGCUGCAGGCCAUCGGGGCCGCCCUGGCCAUGCCGCGCGCCAACGAGGCCGCCGCCAUGGGCUGCCUGCUCCACCUUGUCGCCUGGGCGCUCGUCGCCGCCGUGCCCUGCCCGGACCGCGCCGCCGCGCUCCAGGCGCACCACCACCUCCCGCCCCCGCCGCCGCGCGCCGCGUUCCCCUGGGCGCCGCCGCUCCUCGCGCUCCAGGAACGCCUCGCCGAGGAAGGGAAGCGCAAGGACCGACGCAACUCGUGCGGCCUGGUCAGGGAGAUCCACGCGCUGGAGAAGUGCGCGCAGAGGCUCGCAGAGGCCAUCGACGCCGCGCCUGUCCCACUCACCGGCGAGCGGGAAGCCGAGGUGCGGGAGGCUGCUGCUGAGCUCGCCGCGGCGUGCACCGCCAUGAAGGACGGGCUGGACCCGCUGGAGAGACAGGUCCGGGAGGUCUUCCACCGCAUCGUGCGCAGCCGAAUGGAGGGCCUCGAUUCACCGAUGCUCAAUGCCGAUUGA